AACUGCUCGCGUUCAUUUCGCGGUUAUCUCGUGAUCGUUGAUGGUUUUCGCACCAAUUCCGACGUACGGAAAGGUCGCCGUUAGGUUUUAAAACGCCGAGAAACUGUAGAAAAGUUUGUUGUGAGGCGCUUCCGUCCCAGAACGGACCACGGUCGUUCGAAAAAUGUUGGCUUAUUGGAAGUUCGGAGCGUGCAAAUAGACUUUGGGUGAGACUGUUCACUAGGGCCUAAACUAGAAAAAAAAUAUUUUUUAAAAGUUCAAUAAGAGAAGGGAGCCGCUGAGAAUAAUAUAAAAAGUAUUUAAAAGAGUAAUAAACCAAAAUAUUUUAAAACGUGAUCGCAUGGAAAAAUUAUUUAAACAUUUAAUCUAAAAAGUAAUUAAAGAAGUAUAAUAAUUUACAUUCUGCUUAUAUACGAAAGAUCUGAUUGAAGAAUUAUAUUUUCCAAAGAGGUGUGUGUUUAUUAUUCCCUCGAUAUCGUAAUUUAUUCUUUGAGUCAUAUUGUUAUUCCGUUGAACAAUUAUAUCGCCUUUAUUUUACUCAUGAAAAAAGUAUAAGAAUCCCGACUAAGUCGAAAGGGGAGAACGUGAAGUGAGAUAUAAGUGUCUUUAUACAAGUCACAUACAAAAUUGUGCGAAAAGAAACAAUAAAAAAAAUAUCGGGCAUUUUUACUUCAAGUUGCAUCAACUUAUGGCAUCUGAAGAUAUUUCAAUUAAAUUUCCAAUAAGUCAAGAUAAUUGCAAAACAAAUCUUGCUCUUGUCGCUGCUACUCAGAUUGACGGCAACCUUGUUGAGGGGCAAAGUAAAGGGCAAUCAGCAUUCGAUCACUUGUUAGACUUGAAGAGAGAGUGCGAUUUAGCAUUGAGCUCAAGUGACAAUCCAACCCCUGCGCCCUUAUCAACUGCAGUUGACGCCAAGAUGUUUGGCGAAGUGUUCGAGGCAUCCAAGAAUGGUGAGCUGCACGAGGCUGCCCUGGAAGAGCCUUCUGGAUCGUUCUCUGAUGGGAAUGACCGGAACUGUAUGAUAUGCAAGGGAAGACUAAACUCUCCGCGUGUGCUUUCCUGUUUGCAUGUGUUCUGCGAGUCUUGUUUGGACAAGCUGUUAAUCGACGAGGCCGGUGACUCGAAGAAAGCUGACUGUAUUAUUGAAUGUCCUACAUGCAACCAAACUACUAAGGUUGGCGCUAAAGGUGCAUCUUCGCUCAUUUGCGACUAUGUUUUCACCAAUAUUCUCGACUUAUCCACCAUCGAGCCGGGAAUGUUAGCGUGCACCUCAUGCAAGAGUAAGGAGAAUGCCAUUUCUCGUUGCAAUGAUUGCGCUAACUUUUUGUGCGCUGGUUGUGAUAAUGCUCACAAGUAUAUGCGCUGCUUUGAGAAUCAUGAGGUCGUAAAGUUGGAUGAUCUUCAAAAAUCGUCUGAGAAAGUCGCCAUUCAUAAACCGCUUUUCUGUAACGUUCAUACUAGUGAGAAUCUGAAGUAUUACUGCUUCAACUGCCAUAUUCCUGUUUGCAACGAUUGUCUCAUUGCUGACCAUAAGGGGUCUGAACAUCACUAUGAUAUUCUAACAAAUGCCGAAAAGAUUGUUCGUGCCGACAUAGAGAACUUAGUGAAAGAAGCUCGAUCGAAAGUCAAGUAUUGUGAUACAGCCGCAUCGAAUCUCAGCACAGCAUUGACGGAGCUUCAGUCACAGCACGAUACUGCCCUGGAAUUGAUUGAGGAGUCUUAUCAGAGCUUCAAAGCAGUGCUAGAAAAAUGUCGCGAACGAGCAUUGAAGGAUCUUGCCAAAUUGCAUUCUGAACGAGAACUGAAAAUAAUGGACCUCUUACAUAACGUCGAAAAGAACGUGGAGCGAAUUGACGUGGUGUGCAAGUUUACAUCGCGUGUGCUGGAACAUGCAAAUGCAGUUGAGUUUCUCAGCAUGAAAAAACUUCUGAGCACGCAAUUCGUUAACCUUAUAAAUGGAACGCCAAAGGCAGAUAUAAACUACUCGCUCGAAUUCGAUUCGAAGUUCGAUAAAUUUGAGCAAUUUGCUCACGAGACAUUUGGCCAGUUCCGCACCGAAUCAACACCACCAAGUCCAAAAGAAAGCACUCCACCUCCGACUCUACCAGGUCUACCACCCGUAUUGAGAACUAUGAGUUCGAAUAAUUCUCAGAGUGCAUUGACUGGAUCCGUAACCGCAAGCAGUCCUAUAUCACUACCUACUUCAAUGCAAUCGUCAUUUGAUGGGGACAUAAACGCAUUAGGAACCGGGUUCAUUUUGCCGAGUGUUCUCACACCUGACUCACCUCCACAGCCACCCGUCGCGAAUUCGAUCUCACCCGCAAACCCGCCAAUGCCGCCACCAACGAUGGUUGGUUCUAAUAUUCCUGUGUUCAAUAGCAUUGCGGAAUACAAUUUGCAAAGACUUGCGAACUUGGCUGAAACUACGCAGGAUAUAACGGAUGCAAUUGUAUCUUCAACGAACCCGAAUCCUCCAACGCAACAUAUUACCCUAGCCGAUUUGAUUUCUGGUGACCAGCGGGCUUUAAAUAAUUUGCAAGCUUUGGCCAAACUGGGACUAAAUAACAAUGACUUUCACACAGAUUUAUCGACAAAUCAUCUUUUGGGUCGUGGUCCUUCACCAGGGAUCGACAGCCUUCUUACUGAUUUUGUUGGGCUCCCACAAUCCACAUCACCCAUUACCUCGAUACCGUCUCUUGGUGAUGAAUUAAGUCUUCCAGGGUUCCCAACAAUUGGCGUUCCUGGUAGAACGAAGGCGACACCGAUGCAAAUUCGAUGUAAGUUUGGCUCAUUGGGAACAUCCAAGGGACAGUUCAAUUCACCACACGGCUUCUGUUUGGGCGUCGAUGAAGAGAUUAUUGUAGCCGAUACAAACAAUCAUCGCAUCGAAGUAUUCGAAAAGAAUGGCUCAUUCAAAUUCCAAUUUGGAGUUCCGGGCAAGGAGGAAGGCCAACUCUGGUAUCCACGAAAAGUAGCCGUAAUGCACACAAAUAGCAAAUUUGUUGUCUGUGAUCGCGGUAAUGAGCGUUCACGGAUGCAAAUAUUCUCGAAGAAUGGACACUUCAUGAAGAAAAUUGCCAUUCGCUAUAUUGAUAUCGUGGCUGGACUAGCGGUCACUGCAAAAGGACAAAUUGUAGCAGUCGAUAGUGUUUCCCCAACAGUCUUUAUUAUAUCAGAGGAUGGAGAGCUAGUCCAUUGGUUCGAUUGCAGUGAUUACAUGAGGGAGCCAUCAGAUAUCGCUAUUCGGGAUAAUGACUUCUACGUAUGCGACUUCAAAGGCCACUGUGUCGCAGUAUUCAAAGACGAUGGAACGUUCCAAUACAGAAUUGGCAAUGAAAAGGUAACCUGCUUUCCGAAUGGAAUUGAUAUAUCAAAUGCUGGCGAUAUCUUGAUUGGCGACUCACACGGUAAUCGCUUCCAUGUUGCUUGUUUUUCGCGUGAAGGCAUUUUGCAAUCGGAAUUCGAAUGUCCACAUGUUAAGGUUUCUCGAUGCUGCGGUUUAAAGAUAACAUCAGAAGGCUAUGUCGUAACUCUAGCCAAAAAUAACCAUCAUGUUUUAGUGCUCAAUACUCUUUACGUUCACUGAUCGAUAACGAAAACGAGAAAAGCAAGAAUGUUCAAAACCAAAUCUUAGACAGAAUUUAAAUGGAGCGAAAGUGAAAAGAAACAAGCUAAGUCUACCUACAGGGCUACCACAAAUCGCUGGAAGAGGAGAGACAAUGAAAAAGCAACAGAAAAACAAGAAAUAUUUUUUGAUCUCUUUCGUGUUUUUUUUUAUUAUUUACAUUUACAGAAUAACGAAAAGCAAAGAAAACACAAAAAAAAAAUAUUUUUCCUAGUUAUUAGUAAUGUUUCGCGUUUUACAUUUUACAUUUACAUUUUACAUUUUUUUUUUUCUUUUACAUAUACAACUUUAUAUAACGAGUGUUGACACGAUGCUGUUAUAUAUUCCUCUUUCCUUUUUUAUCGACUAUAAUGUAAGGCUGGUUAUCCAAGACAAUUAUUAUGUUACUAUUUUAAUUAUUAAUUUUAUUAUUGCAAAUUUUCUUUUAAUUGUUCUCUUUUUAAAAUGCCACACAUUUUUUAGUUGUAUUUCACCAUCUAUACAUUUUUUACAAACUUCUUUAUAUAAACUGAAAAUACCCACUAAAAAAUGAACAAAAAUCAGUUUUUUUCUGAUUUUUUCCAAGAACAGAGCUUUAUCGGGAAUUUUUUUUUAUAUUUUAUUAAUAAACAAGUCAUUUUUGUAUUUUUUCCUAGACUUUAAUAUUUUUGUUAAAUAAUUAUUACUAUGUGUUGCUAUGCGAGUGUAUGUUAUAUGGUUUUGUUAAACAAAACGAUUAUAAAUGUAGCAGAUAACUAGCAGUGAGAGUUCAGGUUAACGAUUUUGAUAUAGACAGAGGAGGGAACAGGCGAACUUGCGGUUUUUGAAUAUAUUUUUUGUUUUGUUUCACCCUUUUGUUUUGAAUCUCUAUUUAAAAAGCAAAAAAUUGUUAUUUGAAUUUCCGCAUUUUUAAUAUUAACUUUUUUAUCAUGUGAUUAAGGUUUCUUUAAUUUAGCUUCUAAAAAUGCUUUUAAGAGCAAACUAAGAUACCGGGCGGUGUUUUUUAAGAUUCAGCCCCUUUUCUUUACAAUCGGAUUGAUUCACUUCACCUCAUUUCAGUGUUACUUAUAUACUGCAACAAAAAAGGUUCUUUCUAGACAUAUGUAGGGACUUGGUACGACAAAAUCUUUCCAUUAAGAUCCCAAGUUUGUUAGUGAUAGCUUCAUAGUUGACAUCCGUUAUCAAUGUUUCAGAUAUUUUCUCAUUCACCGUGUAUCUUAGUUUAUUUUAUGUGAAUGUUUGUGAUGAUUAUGGGAGGAGAAAUACUUGCAAAACAUUUUUGAAAGAUCGCAGCUUUCCCCAUUUAAACCAAAAAUGUUCGGAUUCCCCGCAAAUGGUGAAACAUUUUAUCUGAAUUAAAGUAGAGUAGUUCGUGUUGCCUAUCUGCGUUUGUCUGUUGUCAAAAAUGUUUUGCGAUUUUUUUACUACCGGAAAUAGGGACUAUAAAAAAAAUCUUUAAAGUGCAGUUUUUACAUUUCCCCACUCAUUUAUUUUUCAAUUAUAUGUAAUAAUCAUGCAUUUAAAAAUAAUUUUUCUUUAUCAAAAUAAAAAGCAACAAACACAAAAAAUCGUAACAAUAUCCAAAGGUAUAUAUUUGAUGAUAUUUUUGCCUUAAAAGUCUAUAAAAUCUAAGCAUAUAUUUAAAUUUACCUAGUAUUAAAAGUUAAAGUAGAAAGAGAAAAAAAAUGAAAAAAAAAUUAGGUGUACGAAUUUAGCGGAAAAGAGAAACCUCUGAAUUAAGGAUGGAGAUGAUUUUUUGAACUGAAAAAUUGACGAACAAUCUUGAAUCUCAAGCGAAAGUGGUGUAUAAGUUCCUCAAGAAUUUUUUUGUAAUCUACUCUAUAGUUUUAUUAAGACAAAUCACUUCAACAUUUCAAAAAGUCAAUGUUUGUCUUGAUUCCCGGUUCAUUGUGUAGUUACGAGUCGAUUAAAAGCAGUGGCUUUAGUAGAUUUGGCAAUUGGACUUGGUUCACAAUAAUAUCUUGUUCUCCAGAACAAGCAACUCAACUGUUGUAAAUUGCUCCCGGAGCUCCCUGGAGAUAAUAAUUAUUUUUUCCGCACAAGUGGUUGCAUAUCGAAAGUACCUUUGAGCUUGGCCUUAUUUUGCCGUAUAUUUGCUAUGUUCCACUUAUAUUCGCAGCUUCGACCAAUUUUCACUAGAUUGCCUGCGACCCCCAAAACAGUUCGAUUGCUUACUGCGACCGUAAUAGAUUGGGUGCUAUAUCUAAUUGCAUCGGGUCGCGAGUCAGAAUGGUUUAAGAUAUUUGAUCACAUUUGGUUCAUACAGAAUAAGAUUGCACACAAAAUAAGGCUACUAAAUGCGGCGAUUUGACAGUGAGGAUGUUCGAUUUACGCAAAACAAUUUCGUCAUAAUUGCUUUGUACCGCAUGGCAGCUUUGCUCAUAUCCGCAAUUUCAACAAGUUUGAAUGUCGAUACUUUUCCUCGUUACGACAAAUACUUUGCUUAGCGUUCCUGGAAACGUUUUGUGUUGUUCCUCUAGUUAUUCAAUUUGAGUCUGCUCUGUUCCCGAGCCACUGCUUUUCCUACGAAUUCGCGUCAUUUUAAUUUAAUAUUGCACAUAUCAAAUAGUACGUCAAUUUUCCUUAAAAUAUAAAAGUAAUAAGAACAGAUAAUAAAAUUAUAUAAUUAGACUUAUUUUUUAAACGGUUUUCACUAAAUUUUGCAAGAUAAAGAGCAAGGAAAAUAAAUAGUGCCAUUAUGAUUUAAUUCGACAUAUACGUUUCUAAGAAUUGUAACAGGUUAUUGAGACAUUUAAAGUAGAUUAUAAGACUUGAGUAUGAUAGUUGUAUAUUUUUCCUUUAGGAGUAGUCCAUGAGACAUUAUUGAUAACAUGUAUUUUUGAAAAAAAGCAGAUAUAAGAAAUUUAUUCAGACGAAAAAAAGAAAACACUAUAUCCAUCUUCCCAAUAUUUUUCUCAUGCGAAACGUGCUUUUUACUUUAUUGAAUGAAACUUUUUAUAUAAGUAUUUACAUACAUAACAAUAAAGUGAAACAAUACAUAUUUUUCAAGUGGAUAAGAUCUGACCAAAUUCGAUAACUUGAAAAAAAUAUACUUACAAGCAAUAUUUACACAAAAUACGAAAGCUAGCAUCUGGCGAUUGCAUGCAAUUUUAAUAAUGAAAUCUUAAGUGUAGAGAAAACGACAGAUUAUAUCUCAUUUUCCUUUUUGAAAUCAAAUCAAUCGGCCUUGCGGUGGUAUCUCUUUAUUUAUGCUAGUUUAGGAUUUGAAUAUUUCAGAAAUAUUGCUGGGAUAGAUCUUAUCUACAAAGUCCUCAUUUCUUCGGUUUUGUUCAGCUAGUUACAGAAAAAAAUAACUAAACAGUGGAGGAAAACGUUGGAAAAGCAAUUAUAUCGGGAAAUGGAGUGAAGUAAUUAAAUCAGUCGAAUUUUAUUCUAAGUGUCGUACGAAAACAUGUAGGCGUAAAAGAGCAAGCACAUUACUGAAGAAAAGUUGUUAUUUCAAUAUACAAAAGCUGAUAUAUCUUCAUAUAUGUAUUUAAAAUGUAUAUUGGCAAUGGUUACUUAAUGAUAUAUUCCGUGGUCGUCGUUAUGAGGUGGGCAAGUGUAUCUUUUGGAAAUAUAGAAGGUUCUCAUAAACAAAUGUAAUUCCAUGGAGUAAGAAACUCUGCACUCUCCUAUUUUAAAUCCAAUCACUUGUUCGAUUCAUUGAGUGCUAUUAGACAUGGUAAUCAUAAGUGGGACUUUGUAAAGUAUGACUGUAUCUAAAACUGCUUAUUUAACUUCUAAUGGAAGUCCUAGGCAAAAAAAUCAAGUCAGUGUUAUUUCCGGAUAAAAAUUCCGCAGAUUUUGCUCUGAAAUUGAAUUCUUUUGAUGGUCGUCUGUCGGGCACUUAGCUCCCUACUUAGCAGCACUUGUUUCUUUAAGGCUUAGAGUGCAGACGAGAAUCUUUAUAUGAAUUAGAAUGAAGCAGUCAAGUUGUAUAUAAACUUUCCACUUAACUGUAGCUGCUUCCAGCAUUUGAACGUUGGAGACUUGCGCGGUUUAUGAGAAUCUUCUUGUACAUAUCUUGCCGCGAACACUCAAAAUGUAUAUAAAAAAAUAACUACCUAGCAAAAACAGUUGCUUCCUUUUUACCUUUUAAACAUUAGUAAUGAAUUUAUUUUGAAAAUUUGUCAUUUUGUUUUCAAUUUUUACAAUUUUUUCUCUAUGACGUAUAUAUUUUUUUCGUUCGUGUAGAUGUGAAAUCUUACCAUGCCUGUGAUAAUAUAUUCUUUGUUCAUUUUUUCGAUUCGGAUUAAAGAAGAUAAAAGUAAUAUAUUAAUGAAUAUUUUCUCUUGUAUUAGUCAAUCGUUCGUCGUUAGUUCAUUUUUUAUUAUGUAAAUUAUUCACGAAGGAAGAUGAUAUCAUGCGAUUAACUUUUUGAAGAAUGAAUACUUUUUUUUUAAACUACACGCAAACAUAUACAUGCAUACAUACACACGCAGAAUAUAAGAUACAUAGAAUACUGAAUAAACACGAAACGAAUUUGAGGCUCAAAAAACGAUAUGUUAAUAAACCUAUAUUUGAUAAGUGUAAUGAAUAUUAGCAGCAACAGGGCUUUAAUGUUGAUUUAAUUGUAAGCUAGUUACUGUGAGAUUUUGUGAGGAAACUGAAGCAAUCGCUUGUGCUUUUGGAGCAUAUUUAUUAGACUUUUCGGUAUUUCAAAAUGGUGAUUUGUCAAAAUUUUGAAUAAUUUCAUUGGGGUGGAUGCUUCACACUGUUCUCAAUUGAAUUUGAAGAUUCAGGUAUUCAUUGAGCAUUCUCAACGCAUAGUUGACAGCUGGUACAUUGGGAUAUCAAUAAAAGCGAUUAGUUUGAAAGCGCUGCUUGUAAAAGUAAGAUAUUCCGCAGCCAGCAGAACAAUGAGCAAGAUCAUCUUCUGAUCAAACAAAUCUGCAUACAUAUAUAGUGUUCUUUUUACUUUAAUGUACAUAAAUAGUUGCUAUUCUAACUGAAUACCUUCGUCCGAUGUGAGACAUCGAACAGAUUCCUGAAUGUGAAACAUAAUCUAGCCACGAGAAAUUCACAGAAUUCCAUAUAUGCUUCAGAUAAUUUUCCGUUCAAUUAUCUCUCAGUUGCUACAUAUUCUUCGAAUUAUACAUAUACAUUAAGUUUUAGCAAAAAAUUUACCUUUCUAGGCUGCAAUUCUUUUCGAGGCGAAAAUUUUUUGAAAUUCCAAUUUUUCUUAUAACCCCACCCACUAAACGCUAUGCCAUUUAUCCAAUGAUAUACUAAUAUGAGUAAACAUUUUACGGUUAUUGUAGAGGUAACUAGACAUAUGAGUAGUUGUAAAUAAGAUAUAAUCUUACGUCAAUGUCUAACAAGAUUUUUGUUAGAUAUGCAUUUUAUAGCAUUCAUUUUUUCAUUUACACAAAUUUUUCAAGGUGAAGUUGUAAAUAUGAUAAACUCAAUGCUCAUGCAUAAUAUAUUAUGUAAUGGAAGAGUUUUUCGAUCAUCUAUUAUACACAUGAAAUGCACAGAAAUCUUCAAGUAUGUAACAAAAUUGAGAAGUAACAAAUUAAGUGUGGCCACUAAAUAAAAUGCUGAAAUUGCAAUUCGGCGAAAAAUAAUCAGAAUGCAUUAGGAUUGUGUAUUUACAUAUUAAGGAAAUUCUCUCCUCUUAUUUUUCAAACAUUUAAGCGGCUAACAUAUAUCAUAAACAAAAUAAUAUAUUUAUGAAAUCAAGUAAAAAAUUGAAUCAAAAAAGCGAAAAAAAACAAUUACCAUGUAUAUUUACAUUAAAAAUGAAAAUUAAAAAAAAAAAAAUUGAGGUAUUGUGAUAGAUUUUUUUUGAUGAUUUUUACAAAUUAAACCCAGUAGGACAUGUACAAACUAAAACAAAAAAAAUAGAUACUCCAUAUUGCCAUUAUUUUUAUUGAUAAAUAUACAACAAAAACACGACAAAAAUGCUUUUUAUUUUUGGCGAUUUAAAUAUAAAAAGUAUAUUAUAUAUUAAAAAUAAAAUAUAUAUUAUAAAUAUAUAUACACUAUAUAUUUAUACAAAAUUAUAUAUACGAGCAUUAACGAGAAAACUAUAUACAUAUUUUACCUUUGCGCAAGUAUAUAAAAAUGUGAAGAUAAAUUCAAUAUGAUGGAACAAUCUGUUUACGAAGACAGCGUCGACAUUAAUUUGUGUUAUUAGCUAAAUAACUAAAACUCAAGUAAUAUAAAUAUAUACCUGCAAUGUGUUGAAUACAAAAUAUUGGCGAAAGAAAAAAUUCAAAUCAUGAAAUGGAAAAGAUUCUAAAACAUUAUACUGAUGAUGGUAUUUGACUUUAUAGAGUUGCUUGUAUAUUGUUAAUUAUUCUUAAGUGUAUAUCAGGCUUAAAAAAUCCAUCAUCGUAAGUUUAGGAUACCACGAAUACUUUAUCUUCGUUUAUUUGUUGCUAAAUAUAUUUUAUUUUUGGUUUUCAUUUU